CGCGGCCUUUUUACCGGUGAGUUCGAACGAGCGAUAGUUCCGCUCUCUUGCUUCCCCCUUCCCUCGCUAUCCGAGGACAACUCCUCCUUCCUCCAUCUCCAAAGAGAAAUCGCAAAAAGGGAUCAAUUUUCUGAAAGAGAAAUCAGAAAAAAAGGGGAAGAAGAAAAAACAACGGAAGAAGAAGAAGAGAAGAAAGGAAAAAAAGGAAAAAAAAAAGAGAACGAAUAAAACCUCACCGCUUUGGCGAUGCAGCGAUCGCCGAUGAGAAGCACUGCCCCCGGAUUCACCACUAUAAAUACCCCGCACUCUCACAUUCUCUUCCUCGCUCCCUUCAUUUUCGAUCUCCCCCAUCUUUUCUGUACCUCGCAGAUUUCUAGGGUUUCUGAGAUGAUCUCUGUGAUCCACAAAAUAAAUAACGACAGCCUGCGAUUAGGCUAUCUUUCUUUCAAAUUCCCUUCCAUUUCGCCCUUGUUGUCGGAUUUCUAGGGUUCGAAGAGUUACGAUGAGUCUCAAGAAAGGCUCUGCGGUUUGGGUGGAAGAUAAAGGUCGCCUGUGGGAGGAAGCUGAGGUGAUUGAUAUCAAGGAUCAGAUUGCCGUUGUCGAGAUUUCUAACGGAAAGAAGAUUAAGACUGAAGUGGAGAGGUUGUUGCUGAGAGAUCCUGAUGCUGAUUAUGCGGGAGUUGACGACAUGACGAAAUUGACUUACCUUAAUGAGCCUGGAGUGCUUUAUAAUCUCGAGAGGAGAUACUCUCUUAAUGAGAUAUACACAUACACAGGAAGCAUCUUGAUUGCAGUCAAUCCGUUCACAAAUAUUCCUCAUCUUUAUAAUGGGCAUAUGAUGGAGCAGUACAAGAAUGCCCAAUUUGGAGAAUUAAGUCCACAUGUUUUUGCUAUAGCUGAUGCAUCGUACAGGGCUAUGAUGAAGGAGGCCCGCAGCCAGUCUAUAUUGGUAAGUGGGGAAAGUGGGGCAGGGAAAACAGAGACAACAAAACUCAUAAUGCGAUACCUGACAUUUGUUGGUGGGAGGGCUGCUGGUGAUAGCCGUUCAGUAGAGCAGCAAAUUUUGGAAUCAAAUCCACUUCUAGAGGCGUUUGGUAAUGCAAGAACAGUUAGAAAUAAUAACUCAAGUCGUUUUGGUAAGUUUGUUGAGCUUCAGUUUGACGGAAGAGGUCAGAUAUCUGGUGCGGCAAUUCGAACAUAUCUUUUGGAGAGAUCACGUGUUGUGAAGAUUACAAAUCCUGAAAGAAAUUACCAUGUUUUCUAUCAGCUAUGUGCUUCAGGAAAGGAUGCAGAGAGGUACGGGCUUGGGACUCCUGGAAACUUCUAUUAUUUAAAUCAAAGCAAGAUGUAUGAGUUAGAUGGAGUAAGCAGUGCAGAAGAAUAUAUGCGGACACGGAGAGCAAUGGAUGUUGUCGGAAUAAGUACUGUAAAACAGGAAGCUGUAUUUCGUACUUUGGCUGCGAUUCUUCAUCUUGGGAAUAUUGAAUUUUCUCCUGGAAGUGAGCAUGACUCAUCAGUUAUAAAAAAUGAAAAAUCUAGCUAUCACCUUCAGAUGGCUGCUAAUUUGUUUAUGUGUGACAUGAACCUUUUGCUUUCAACUUUGUGUUCUCGUUCCAUAACAACCCGUGAAGGAAUAAUAAUGAAAGCUCUUGAUUGUGCUGCAGCAGCAGCUAGUCGUGAUGCUUUAGCGAAGACUGUUUAUGCUCGAAUGUUUGAUUGGCUUGUUGAAACUAUCAAUACGUCUGUUGGACAAGACCGAAACUCCAGGGUACAGAUUGGGGUAUUAGACAUCUAUGGUUUUGAGUGCUUUAAAAACAACAGCAUCUCAUUCUCACAUCAUGUAGUGUGGAGCAUAUUUGGAAAUGGAACAAAGAUGGCACAGUUUGGGCGUACUUCGUUUUACAAGGACACAGGCGGUGGACAUGGUGGUUAUCCAAAAUGCAAGCAUCAUUUCGAGCAGUUCUGCAUUAACUUUGCCAACGAAAAACUUCAGCAACAUUUCAACGAGCAUGUAUUUAAGAAGGAGCAGGAAGAAUACAAAAAGGAAAAAAUCAAUUGGAGUUAUAUCGAGUUUGUAGAUAAUCAAGAUGUUUUGGAUUUGAUAGAGAAGAAGCCAAUUGGGAUAAUUUCACUUUUGGAUGAGGCAUGUAUGUUCCCAAAAUCAACACAUGAAGCAUUUUCAAUGAAGCUGUUUCAGAGCUUUCCGGCACAUCCAAGAUUGGAGAAAGUGAAAUUUUCUCAAACAGAUUUUACUUUAUCUCAUUAUGCUGGAAAGGUGGCCUAUCAAACACUGACCUUCCUGGAUAAAAAUCGAGACUAUAUUGUUGUGGAGCACUGCAAUCUUUUGUCUUCUUCAAAGUGCUCUUUCAUUGCUGAAAUUUUCACAAAAUUGCCGGAGGAACCAUCAAAGUCGUCUUACAAAUUUUCAUCAGUAGCAUCUAGAUUCAAGCAACAACUCCAGGCACUUAUGGAAACACUGAAGUCAACUAAACCUCAUUAUGUGCGCUGCAUAAAGCCUAAUUCUGUAAAUUACGCCCAAAAAUUCGACAAUCAGAGUGUCUUACAACAAUUGCGAUGUGGGGGUGUUCUGGAGGCUAUUCGGAUUAGUCUAGCUGGUUAUCCUACUCGGAGAACUUAUUCAGAUUUUGUUGAUCGAUUUGGAAUUUUGGCACUUGAACUCAUGGACGGAAGGCUUGAUGAGAAGGCCUUGACAGAGAGAAUAAUACAAAAGCUGAAACUUAACAAUUUCCAACUUGGUAGAACUAAGGUUUUCCUUCGAGCUGGUCAGAUUGCAGUUUUAGAUUCUCAGCGGAAUGUGGUUUUGGAUAACGCUUCAAGGAUCGUUCAGUGUUGUUUCCGAAAAUUCUUUGCUCGCAAAGAGUUCAUCCUAACUAAAAGGGCUGCAGUUACUCUUCAAUCGUGUUGUCGAGGUUAUUUGGACCGAAAAAUUUAUGUUAUUAAAAGGCAAGAUGUAGCUGUGCUUUUUAUUCAAAAGCAUGCUCGAAGAUGGUUGCUACAGAAGAACUUCAUUCAUGUUUGUUCAGCAACUUUGGUUAUUCAGUCAAGUAUCAGGAGCUAUGUAACCCGCCAAAGAUUCAUCAGCUUAAUGAAGCAUAGGGCUGCCAUCAGAAUCCAGGCAUGGUGGAGAAUGUGCAUAGCAGGCGCCGUAUUUGAACGUUACAGACGGGUUACGGUAUCUGUUCAAUGUGCUUGGAGAUGCAAAGCUGCAAAGAAAACGCUUCGUAAGCUUAAAGUGGCUGCUAGUGAAGCUGGUGCAUUACGUGAGGUGAAAAAUAAACUAGAAAAUGACUUGGAAGAUCUUACUUUACGAUUGACUUUGGAAAAAAGAUUGCGGGUAGCUUGUGAAGAAUCAAAGAUAGUGGAAGUUUCAAAGCUCCAGACUGCUUUACAAUCAAUGCAUAUGGAGCUUGAUGCAACCAAGGUUGCCUACAGUCAUGAACUUGACAAGAACAACACACUUUUAGAUCAGUUAGAUUUAUCAGCAAAGGAUAAUGCAAUGCUGUUGAAUACUCUGGAAAAACUAAACAAGGAUAACUUAUUUCUCAAGAACACACUGGAAUCCAUUGCUAAAAGGAAUCAGGAAAUGGAGCACGAGCUUUCAAACACUCAAAAAUGUCAUGAGGACACUGUAGACAAGCUGCAGAAUGUGGAAUCACGUUGUUCAUUACUUCAGCAGAACUUACAUAAAUUGGAGAAGAAGCUCUCCAGUUUAGAAGAUGAGAACCACACUUUAAGACAAAAAUCACUUCACUUAUCUCCGCGGAGCAACCAAACUGGAUUCGUAAAGCAUUUCUCUGAGGUAUUACACUUGUCGCCCAGGAACAACCAAACUGGAGUCGUAAGCCCAUUUUCUGAGAACUAUUCUGUUGCGCCAGUGCUUUCCAACAUCAACCAAAGGCCUCUAUUAGAAAGUUCUACUCCUUCAAUAACCUUGUUUCAGCUCCAGCACAGCUUAUCUGAUUCAAGAAGAUCCAGGAUGACUUUUGAGAGGCAUGAGGAAUGCAAUGAACUACUUCAGAAGUGCAUAAAAGAAAAUUUGGGGUUUAAGGAUGGAAAACCAAUUGCAGCAUGUAUUAUAUAUAAGUGUCUUCUCCACUGGCAUGCUUUUGAAGCAGAGCGGACUGCUAUUUUUGACUAUGUAAUUGAAGCUAUUAAUAAUGUCCUAAAGGUGGACACCGAGAGGGAUAUCUUGCCAUACUGGCUAUCCAAUGCUUCCGCACUCCUGUGCCUCUUGCUUAGAAAUCUUCGGUCAAACGGGUUCCCUAGUACACCACCACGACAAGCUGAAGCAUCAAAGGGGUUGGGUGGAAGCAUAAUUCAGGGUGGAAGGAUAAUGCAUGUUAGUUCAGUUCAAUUGAAAGGUAUAACUUCUCAUAAGCAUAGUACAUCAGAUGACAGCUUGUCACAUGUAGAUGCACGAUACCCAGCUAUGCUGUUCAAGCAGCAACUAACCGCCUGCUUGGAGAAGAUAUUUGGGUUAAUCCGGGAUAAUUUGAAGAAAGAGAUAUCUCCACUUUUAAGCCUUUGCAUUCAGGCACCAAAAUCUUCUCGAGGAGCUACUGGAAGGACAUCCAAGUCACCUGAAGGUGCUGUUCAGCAGCCACUGACAAAUCACUGGGACCACAUCAUUAAGUUCCUGGAUUCUUUUAUGGACCGACUACAUAAAAAUUAUGUGCCUUCUUUCUUUGUUCGGAAGCUCAUCACACAAGUAUUCUCCUUCAUAAAUAUCCAGUUAUUUAAUAGUUUGUUGCUACGGCGUGAAUGUUGCACGUUCUCUAAUGGAGAAUAUGUAAAGUCUGGUCUUGCAAUAUUGGAGAAGUGGAUAGCUGAUGCCACUGUAGAGUUUGCAGGAACCUCAUUGCAGGAGCUAAAUUAUAUAAGACAAGCUGUUGGUUUCCUGAUUUUACAUCAAAAGAGGAAAAAGUCUCUUGAAGACAUAACAAAAAAUCUUUGUUCGGAAUUGAGCGUGAGGCAAAUAUACCGGAUUUGCACUAUGUAUUGGGAUGAUAAAUACAGUACUCAUAGUGUCUCAAAUGAGGUCGUUGCAACAAUGAGGGAUAUGGUGAACAAGGACUCCCAAAGUCUUGCAUCUAAUUCAUUUUUGUUGGAUGAUGAUCUGAGCAUUCCAUUUUCUACUGAAGACCUAGCGAAGGCUGUUCCAGUUGUAGAUCCAGGAGAUGUUGAGCUCCCCUCAUCCCUUCGUCGACUCCCUUCUGCAAUGUUUCUGGUCCAUCCUAUUGAGCUAUAGUCUGAUUAAGUCAUCAUUAUCUUUGUUAUCAGAUAUUCAUGUUGCAUGGAGUGCUUACAUUGUUGAUGCAAAAUAUAGAGUCAGCAUCAUUUAUUAAGAUGCGGAUUAACCGUAAGAACGGGAUUUCAUGCUUCAAGGAUACCGGUUCAGCUGAUCAAGUCUACAUCAUCUCCUUGGGAAAGAGCAGCUAAUACGUUCUCGGUUGCUGUCAGAAAUCCUGCAAAUGAUACCGAUUGUAACAUAAAUGCCAUCCUUCAUUGCCAAUUUGGCAAAAAAAAUUCCUGCGCUUCAUUUUGGUGAAACAUUUUUUCGCUCUUAUUCUACUGUAAAUAAUCAGGUAAAUGUAUCAUUAUUUUGUUCUA